AUGGAGAGACCCUCCGACACAGAAAACCAGUGGAGAGACCCCCGCCGACACAGGAAACCAGUGGAGAGACCCCCGCCGAAACAGGAAACCAGGGAGAGACCCCGCCGACACGGAAACCAGGGAGAGACCCCCGCCGAAACAGGAAACCAGGUGAGAGACCCCGCCGACACAGAAAACCAGGGAGAGACCCCGCCGACACAGAAAACCAGGGAGAGACCCCCGCGAAACAGAAAACCAGGGAGAGGGACCCCCGCCGACACAGGAAACCAGGGAGAGACCCCGCCGACACAGAAACCAGGGAGAUGA